AUGGCCCAGGCCCUGGGUGAGGACCUGGUGCAGGACGACUCCAGCUCUCUGGGCUCUGACUCCGAGCUGAGCGGGCCGGGCCCCUACCGCCAGGCUGACCGCUAUGGCUUCAUCGGGGGCAGUUCAGCAGAGCCGGGGCCGGGCCACCCCCCCGCGGACCUCAUCCGCCAGCGGGAGAUGAAGUGGGUGGAGAUGACGUCGCACUGGGAGAAAACCAUGUCUCGCCGGUACAAGAAGGUGAAGAUGCAGUGCCGGAAGGGCAUUCCCUCCUCCCUGCGCGCCCGCUGCUGGCCCCUGCUGUGCGGGGCUCACCUGUGCCAGGAGAACAGCCCCGACACGUACCAGAAGCUGGCUGAGGCGCCCGGAGACCCACAGUGGAUGGAGACCAUCAGCAGGGACCUGCACCGCCAGUUCCCUCUGCACGAGAUGUUUGUGUCACCCCAGGGCCACGGGCAGCAGGGGCUCCUGCAGGUCCUCAAGGCCUACACCCUGUAUCGGCCGGAACAGGGCUACUGCCAGGCCCAGGGCCCCGUGGCCGCGGUGCUGCUCAUGCAUCUGCCCCCGGAGGAGGCCUUCUGGUGCCUGGUGCAGAUCUGCGAGCUCUACCUGCCCGGCUACUACGGGCCCCACAUGGAGGCCGUGAGGCUGGACGCCGAGGUGUUCGCAGCGCUGCUGCAGCGGCUGCUCCCGCGGGUGCACAGGCACCUGCAGCAGGCGGGCGUGGGGCCCCUGCUCUACCUGCCCGAGUGGUUCCUGUGCCUCUUCGCCCGCUCCCUGCCCUUCCCCACCGUGCUGCGCGUCUGGGACGCCUUCCUCAGCGAGGGUGUGAAGGUGCUGUUCCGCGUGGGGCUGACGCUGGUGCGCCUGGCGCUGGGCAGCGCGGAGCAGCGGCUGGCCUGCCCCGGGCUCCUGGAGACGCUGGGCGCCCUUCGAGCCAUCCCCCCCGCCCAGCUGCAGGAGGAGGCCUUCCUGUCCCAGGUGCACGGCGUGGCGCUGUCGGAGCAGGACCUGCAGCGGGAGAUCAGGGCCCAGCUGGCCCGGCUGCCGGAGUCCCCCUCCGGGCCCCCGCCCCGGCCGAAGGCCCGCCUGGCCGGGGCCCGCGCAAUCUUCGAGGCCCAGCAGCUGGCGCGGGCGCGGGGGGCCACCCGGCCCGACGUGCCCCGCAUCGUCGUGCAGCCCCCGGACGAGCCCCGGCCGCCGCGGCGCAAGCCCCAGACCCGCGGCAAGACGUUCCACGGGCUCCUGACGCGCGCCAAGGGCCCCCCCAUCGAGGGCCCCCCCAGGUCCCAGCGGAGCUCCGCCUCCUUCCUGGACACCCGCUUCUGA